AGCUGGAAAGGAAAAGUGGACACGCAAAGCCUGCCAAGUUUGACGGCGCUGUCAACACCUCACCGUAAACAAUUGUUAGGUAUUUUCUUUGGCCCAACAACCUCAAGCACUCCCCCCCCCCAGACACCAGCAAACUCUCUAAUUAGAGCCUAGAUCAGGGCAUCCGAGGUAACUCACUCAUGAGAGCGGUUUGGAAGCAUCGGCCCCGCCCAAUCGAGCUCCUAUCGGCACCCAUCUCAGGGUCCUCCUGCCCCAAGAGACCUUACCCAGCGCCACUCCGUCUCCCAGCAGCCGCAUCUGUCACACGGAUAAGACACCCAAAAGCCGCAACCGCGAUGGCAAGAGAAACCACAGCGCCGGCACGCCGACACCACAAGAUCGUCGCGCUCGAGGGCGGCAUCACACCGAUCCCAGACCUGACGCCCGCCAUGCCAGAAGGCCACACAUACGAGUUGGCACUGCACGAGCGCACGCCCCACGCCGACGCGGCGCUGAUAGCAUCGCGCGUGAGCGACGCCAACGUGGUCAUCACGACCGUGUGCCCGCUGUCCGGCGCCACACUGUCGCCCGUGUCCACGCCGCACCUGCGCUUUGUGGCCGUCAUGGCCUCGGGCCACGACGUCGUCGACUUGGCCGCGUGCCGGGGGCGCGGGGUCGUGGUCAGCAACAGCCCCGGGAGCAACGUAGACGCCGUGGCCGAGCACUCCGUCGGUCUCUACUUCUCUGUGCGCAGGAGCAUCGUGCACACACACGCCCUGACGCGCGCGGGGCAGUGGCCGCGGCGCGGCGGCAUACUGGCUUCUGCGAUGUACAGCCCGGGCGGACGCCUGCCGCUGCCGAUGCGCGACGAGGUGGUGGGCAUUAUUGGGUACGGCUUCGUCGGGAAGCGCAUCGCCGAGCUGUGCCGCGCGCUGGGGAUGAAGCGCGUGCUUGUGGCGGGCCGGAAGGGCGGUGCGGCUGUGGGCUCGCCGCCGCGGGUCGAUAAUGGCGUUUGCCGCGCGAGCUUCGGUGACGUGGUUCGCACGGCCACCGUGUUGUUUCUCUGUUUGCCGCGCGUCCCGGAGACGAUGGGGCUGAUCGCCGAGGCCGAGUUGAGCGCGAUGCAGCCGCACGCCGUGAUUGUCAAUGUUAGUCGCGGCGGCAUUGUCGAUGAGCACGCACUGGUCGCAGCGCUGAAGACGGGCAAGAUCGCGGGCGCCGCCACCGACGUGUUCUUGGCCGAGCCGGCUGGACCCGAGAAUUCCGUCCUCCUGGCCGAGGAUACGGCCGGUUUAAAUUUGGUGGUGACGCCGCACGUGGCGUGGGUUUCACAGGCGACGACACAGAAUUAUCAGGACACGCUUGUUGGAAACUUGAAGGCAUUUCUCAACGAACAACCUCAAAACGUCGUCUCCUGAGCCGUGUAAUUGAAGUCAGAGUCGAAGGAAGCGGCGGUUAAUCUGAUAUGUGUCGAGACGACGUCAAUUAAAAAGUCUAUUUAUUUAUGAAUCGCGAAACUAGUAGGGGAAAUCCAAAGUAGGGGA